AUUUGGCUCUCGACUCUACCGCCAUGAGCAAUCUCGAGAAAACUCUCUUCCAGCUCAAGUUCACAGCAAAGACUCUCAAUAGACAGGCCAAGAAGGCUCAGAAAGAUGAGAACGCCGAGAAAUCACGGCUAAAGAAGGCGCUUCAACAAGGAAACAAUGAUGGUGCCAGAAUAUACGCCUCGAAUGCCAUUCGAAAGAAGAGCGAAGCAUUGAACCUCUUACGGUUAUCAAGUCGGAUAGAUGCUGUCGCUAGUCGAGUUGAAACCGCUGUCACAAUGCGUCAAGUCACUGGCAACAUGACUUCUGUGGUACGAGGGAUGGACAAAGCGAUGGAAUCGAUGAAUCUAGAACGAAUAUCUCUCGUAAUGGACAAAUUCGAAACUCAAUUUGCAGAUUUAGAUGUACAAACAGGAUAUAUGGAGGACGUCAUGUCGUCUACGACUGCCGUCUCAACACCACAGGAUCAAAUCGAUCAGCUCCUGAAACAAACGGCAGAAGAGGCGAACAUCGAACUACAACAUGAUUUAGCAGCAAAAGAUUUGGAAGCUGUACCUGACUUAACUGCGGGUGUGAAGCUUGGGGAGGAGGACGACAAGUUGGCUGAAAGGCUGCGGGCGCUGCGGCCAGCAUAGCCAUGUAUUUCGAAGUUAUUGUUGUCGCUCUGUCUUGUAAAGCUAUAUAAUGUCAUCUUUGUCUGUAACAUCAAGU